ACUUCCGGUAUGGAUUUACACAAGUUGAGAAUGGCCUUCCACACGAAAGAAAGGCGAAUUAUUGUUGCAUUUCGACAGCAGUUUUAAUUUUAAAGUUUUGUUUACAUAAGAAAAUGUAUCUGUUUAUCGAAUCAUGCGAUAUUAUUGAGUGACACAUCAUAUUUUACCGAUAAACAGUCCGGACAGCACAGUUUAGUUUUAGACCAGAGAGUAACAAAGAUUGAGCAGAAUAGUUUCGAAACGAAAAGAUGCCUUCAUGCACUGUGUGUGGAGAAAAUGAGUUUGAGGCCAGAGAUGGAUUAUUUUUCUGCUCCAUGUGUAUGACCCAGUCACAGGACUUGAGGCAGGAAGAGGCAACUGAAACAUUCAUGGAUAUGACUAACCCUGGAUUCAAGCAUUUGAUACGGAACAAGGAACAUCAGAGUGAAAAGAAAACCGUUAGACGUGAUAAGGGCCGUCCAUGGAGCUGCUAUGAGGGGUUCCAGAUCAUUUUAAAAGAACAAGUCAAAGCCUUGAUAGGGUUAGGGGCCGAUCCCAAACUUAAGGAUAUUGUGUUCCAACUGUGGUGUACCUACCUAGCGAAAAUAAAUGUGGCCUUCACUGAAGACUUGGAAAAGAUUAACCCGCUAUUGAAAAAGUUUGAGCGACACAGAGAGAAGUAUCCAGGAACAACAGAAGACCCGGACAUCAAACCGGCGAUGUUACACAGAAUGUGGAAGAAAAAAAUGACUCGGAGUGUUGCCGAUGCUACAGCUGAUAUUGAAAAUCAAGAUUUGCAGUUUUCCUUGAGGAAUGAAGAUUUCUAUGAUGAGGACAAUCCAUUUAAAAGUGUUAAUGAAAAGCUUGACUCGGAUGACGAAUUUGACACAGACUCCAAUGACAGCUUUUACCCGGAAGAGAAUGAUCAAAGCUUGUCAGGCUUGACAAGACGGUCGUACACACAACACCCAGGAUUUAUGAACAUGAAGAAGACAUUGGCGUUCUGUCUUCUAGGUCUGAUGUACACCAAUCCAAUAACUACGGCAGUGGAUAUUGUCAGAUGGGUUCAUGAGAAUGAAAUUCCGUAUGAGAAGGCCUCUCACCUACUUCCCACAGAUAUGAAGUUUGGUCCCUAUGACACCAACACAUUCCAUGCAACUUUACCGGUGUCUGAGGAAACCCUGAGGAAGGACAGCGGUCAGAUGAUUAAGUAUCUAGAUCUUCAGGAUGCACCGAUGACCCCUAUCACAGACCUUAUCAACAAGUACCUGGUCGUCCUGGAGCUGCCAGGUGAUCUCCAUGGUUUUGUACACACGAUUCAGAAGCUGGUGGAGUAUGAGAAGCGCUACAAGUACGUAAGCUUGCCUAGUUAUGACAGUCUAGCCAUGGCGUUUAUAAUCACCACCCUGGAGAUUCUGAUUGGUCUGGACGGUUCCACAGAGAGGAAAUUGUCAAAGAUUUCUAAGAAGAUGGGAUCCUUGAUUCCAGAAGUUCGCCUGUUUGUCUGGGACGAUUGGGUUUGCCACACCAACAAGAAACAGAAACUGACAUUGACUUGUCUGAUGUCUAAAACCUUUGACAUGCGACUGUUGGACAAUGUUGAGCAGGUGACGGCGUCAUUCAGACAUGCCCGACGACGGGUUGGACGACACACAGAAAAGCAGCUGUCCAAGAAAUUCCAGGAAACCUCCCAGAAUGCAUUACUUCUGCCAUUAAAGAUGUUGUCGGAGAAGGGGGAGUCAACCAUGACUGCUGUUGAUUCUACUUCACGUAACCAGGAUGACAAUGAAAAUGUAAUGGUUAGCUUCUCACGAAACAGCCAAUCAGGCGUCUGAAAUAAGAUCACAUGACAUUCAAAGUUACAGGACUUGUAGACUGAAACACAUAACACGGCCGAAAGAUUUCAUAGAACUUCUAAACGAGGAAAAGAGGCUGUCACAUGAAAGGAAAAAUGGUGGUCAAGAGAGCAUGGAGGAAAGAGUCUUAAAUGAUUCCUCCGAAAAUAGAAUUGUAAAUGAUUCCAGCGAAAAUAGAAUUGUAAGUGAUACAAAUGAAAAUAGAGCCGUAAGUGUUACCAUGCAAGAAAGCAUCAUAGAUGAUUCAACUGAAGGUAUGGUCGAAAGUGAUUCCCACGAAAAUAGGGUCGAAAGUGACGCCAUCGAAAAUAGUGUCAUAUGUGAUACCAUUCAAAAUAAGGACAGAAAUGUUAACAAGGAAAAUACAGCGGAGAAUACUAUCGCAGAAGAUACAGCCAUAACUAAUGCUACCAGGGAAGAUAUGGCUGUAAGCUGUAAUAGAGAAAAUACAGCGGAACGUCGUACAGGGGAAGAGCCGGAACAGAUACAUGUAAAGGACCAAGUGGAUGUAUGAUUCACUGACAGAGAAAUUGACACAGAUAAUGAUGGAGAGAAAGUUAGACAAGAACUUUGGGAGAAAGUGUAUUCAGACAAGUGAUUAUAGUUACAGGUGGCUAGUCCACAAAUGUGCGGUGCUCGUAGAAACUUCGGACACGAACCUCAACCAACAUGUAAAUCAAAUCCAGAGUGCUUUACUUAAGUUCUUACUUCCUAAAACAAGACUUUAUUUUAAUGAAGAUUUUGUGGCGUUUUUAUACAAUUUGAUACAUAAGAGUGAAUUAAAUAGUUAAUAUUGAAA